AGGCGAGAAGGUCUGUGAGGAGGGACAAGACUCUCGUCAAAAAGAAAAGAAAACACAAGCCAGGAAGAAAGAGGGAUGACACUCAUGAGCGUAAAAUAGGAACGUUUGAGACCAAGUCGAGUUUCCUAGGGGAAACUUUCUGAGGGAAGGAUGUGGCCUCGCUGCAAGCCGAUCUAAACUGAUGACAGAGGAGGCUGCUCUCAGAAACUACUCAUUGUUCACGAGAAUCCAAAGAUAUACAUUUCAGGGUUUUUUUCCCCCCAUCACUGACAUAAUGAAUUUUUCACUUGUUGCUUAUGAUGAUUCGGAUUCUGAAGAAGAGACUGGAAAAUCUGGAGGUGCUAUUAGCAGUGAAAGUAAUCUAACAGAUUCUGCUGUGAGUUUUGUUCAGCCCAGUGGUGACUUAAAUACUGUUUCUGAAACAAAAGUCCAAUCUGUGGAAUAUAUGGGCAGCUCCAGCAAGAACAUGUGUUAUGAGGAUACCUUUCAACAACAUCUACAGCCUAAGGAAACAUCAAUAGUAACAGCUCAUCCCCAGAAGUUGUACUGUGCUACUUUGAAAAAAGCAAGGAGUAAGUAUACCCAACCAUUAAAUCCUUUAUUGGAACCUAAAAUGCCUUCUGGAAAUGCGAAUGCUCAGAAGAAGAUGUGUCAUGAUGGAGAUGUAACUAUUCAAAAACUGAGACCAUAUAUUUCAAAAAAACUGCGACAGGAAAAAAAUGAAUACCACAAAGAAAGUAUACAUUCUCCAAUUAAAUUUAGUACAGCUGAAGAUAAAAUGUCUGUUACAGUUUCCCAGUAUAUUAUGCCGUACAUAGGAUCGAAAUAUACAGUUGCUGAAAUUCCAAAGAAACUGGUGUUUCACAUGGCUGAGCAUAGCGGUCCAAUUAAUGCAAUUCGCUGGUGUCCUCUGCAGAGAUGGAGCCACAUGUUGCUUUCUGCAUCUAUGGAUAGAACUGUCAAGGUUUGGGAUGCUGUGGAUGAAGGACGCUGUUUAAAAACAUACUCUAACCAUACUGGUGCUGUCCGAACUCUUCAGUGGUCUCCCUGUGGAAGAAAUGCACUCAGUGGAGGCUUUGAUUUUAUGCUUCAUUUAACAGAUAUUGAAACAGGAGCACAGCUUUUUAGCAGCAGGAGUGAAUUUCGAAUCAGCACCCUGAUAUUUCAUCCUCUUGAUCCCAAUGUUUUUGUUUGUGGAGGAUUCAGUCCAGAAGUUAAAGCCUGGGAUAUAAGGUCUUCUAAGAUUAUAAGAGUCUACAAAGCCGCAGUUCAGCAAACCUUGGACAUCACGUUUCUCUCUGAAGGAAAAGAAUUUCUUACCAGCACUGAUGCAGUAAGCCAAGACUCAGCUGACCGUACCAUCAUUGCCUGGGACUUCCAAACUGCUGCAAAGAUCUCCAAUCAAAUUUUUCAUGAGCGUUUUACCUGCCCCAGUCUUUCAGUUCAUCCUAAAGAGCCUGCCUUUGUUGCUCAGACAAAUGGCAACUACAUGGCUUUAUUUUCCAGCCUGCCACCUUAUCGAAUCAACAAGAAGAAGAGGUUUGAAGGGCACAAGGUUGAAGGAUUUGCAAUAGGCUGUGAGUUUUCACCUGAUGGAACACUUCUUGUGACAGGGAGUUCAGAUGGCAAAGUGUUUUUCUACAACUAUCGCACAGCUCAAAUUCUCCGUACCAUGUCGGCACAUAGUCAAGCCUGUGUGAGUGCAGUCUACCAUCCAGUCCUUCCAUCACUCCUUGCCACCUGUGCCUGGGAUGGGAUGAUCAAAAUCUGGCAAUAAUAGGAUUUAGGCAGCCAGCUGGCUUUCCAACUUCAUAAAUGUACUUUUCUCCUGCGGUUUCAUUUCUUAGAAUUUUAUGUUGUACUGUGUAGUUGUAUACUAAACCAGUGUUUCUCAACCUCAGCAACUUUAUGAUGUGUGGACGUCAACUCCCAGAAUUCCCCAGCCACCAUGCUGGCUGGGGAAUUCUGGGAGUUGACGUCCACACAUCUUAAAGUAGCUAAGGUUGAGAAACAUUGUACUAAACCAAUUUUACUAUAAUGUGACUAGGUGGGGCAGGACAUAUCAACUUUCCUGGUCACACUGUAGAAGUAAUUAAUUUGCCUGGCUCUGUUUUUGACCCACGCUUUGCUGUUGGAACUGUGACCCUUUUCCAAUGGAGUUCUCCGAUGCUAAUAAUGCUAGAAUGUUCUUAUAGACAGCUCCUAAAUAUAUAGCUACUGCUAGCUUUCUCCAAGUUUUUGUUGCAGGGAAUUAGGACAAAAUGGGCUAGAUUGAAAAAGGAGUAAGAAUUAGCUGAAGCCCUAAGUCUAUAUGCUGUGCCUGCUUUAACUGGAUGUGGAAUGUUCAAAAUCAAUAGACAUAAGUAAUUAAAGGGACUCAAGAUCGUUCAAGUUCUUCUGAGAACCUAGAUUUUUAACCACUUUAGUGUUCCUAAAUCAGCAUUCCUAGUUUAAACGUUUACUAUUCUUUAGCUCUCCUCACUGCUUUACCCUUUUACUGUUACUUGACUUGGUCCUGCAGGCUUUUCAUUCAGUUUUAAUGGAGUCGCACUACAGUAGAACUGGUGUAGCCAUGGAGGCUUUUCUGAUGCAAUGUCAUGUGGUUAGGAUCUGAUUCUGAUAUCACUGUGGUCACAUAAAGCUCAGAGGGAUUUAUGACAGUUUACACUUAUGGGUGAUGCUUGGAAUAAAAAAUCCUAAACAAUUUGCUUAUAUACUAUGAUUUUAAAAUAGUUUUUUAAAUAAGAUUUUACAACAAACCUGGAAGCAAUAGCAUUUCUAAGAGCAUAGCUAUUUCCAUUUAUCUAAAGUCAAGGAUAUGGUAAGCUUUUUAUUCCAAAAUAACACUUUUCAUCUUAACUGGGAGCUGAUAUAUUUUAUUAUAAUAACAUAACUGUUUCUGUCUCUGUCCUGCAUUCAUCUGAAAUCCACUCUGAAGGAGCAAGUGGUCUUAGAGAGUAGGUUUGGGAUACAUGCAGGAGUGUAGGAA